CUCUGAAUCGAAGCAGAGAUGCAAGUAUAUUUAGGCUGUACUUUUCCCAAAAUAUAAUUUCGCACUUACAGACAUUCUAUGCAAUGCGCCUGACAUGUGAUAAUUAAAUUUGCCAACGAUGGUUAUUGUAGCCCACCUGACCCAGCUACAACGAAUUCAUGCCAGGAAAAUAAGGUUGUCACAUUUUUCUGGUUUGGUUCAGCUCGAGUUUUGGUUUAGGCUAUAUCCCAAUGAGGAUGUUUUAUGAAGGAGCUUAUAAUGCUGCAUCUUUUGAUGGAACACUGGGCAGUGAAUGUUGACAUGGGAAACCUACAGGACUGUACCAACAACAAGAAUACUUGUGGUCAGGCAGUGCAUUCUUUAGUUCUGUUCUCUGCUUACAUGACCAAGAAUCCUCGACACCUCUUGUUUGUUAGUCAAGGCAAUGACCUCCACUGGCCAGCCGGAGACAACAGUUGGAGACAAGCCGCAGGUGAGAGUUUUAGCAUGCCCGGAGGUUCCUCUUCUCGUGCUGCCUCACUAUACUGACAAAGGGUCAGCCUUCGUCCCUCCCCAUUGCUCCUACCACAGCCUGGGACACUGUCUGCGCACCAACAUCUUUCCAGGAGCUCCUCCGGUGUGGACGUCCCUGAUAAAAGACUCCUACAUCGGUCACCCCUUGCCCGCCCCUCCUAUAGACGCCCAGCGUUGGUACGGCCGCAGGACUGAUGACAGUGUGAAAUGGACAGAAAGAAACAUUGUGAACCAGAAGUUGAACAAGGCGCUAAAGGCAAUAGAGAACAAGUGGUCUAAAUGAGGCCAGGGUGCAGUGGCCAUUUCACACCCUCACCGCAGCGCCCAUGCACCCUCCACAUUAUUCAAAUAUCUUUUUACUCAUAUAUCUACAUGCAAGCCUUUACAAACCCUUUCUGGUAUGUUCCGUCUCACAUUCACACACAAUGCACAAGCAUACACACACACGCACAAGCAUACACACACAAACAUUGUCACAAACUCUCAAAACUACAAAAGCAACCCAUCUCCUGACCUCUAAACACAUUCCAACACAUUUGUAUGUAGACACGAGUUCAUGAUCUCUCUUUUACCGCAAUAAAAGUAGAACAGCAUCCCUCAACUUAGUUACCUGAUGUUCUGUGUAUUGUAGAACUCACUUCUGAGGGGAUUCAUAGCUGUCAUCAAAAAAUCUACUCAUAGUACUGAAACCCACUGAAUGUGAUUGUCGGUUAAACCAGCAUCUAUCAAUAUUCAGAUAAAACUGUAAAAUGGAAAUUCAAUUUUACCAACAAAAGAAUAUGACAUAAACCACAAUUAGGUGGUUACCACAUCAACCAAGGUUUUGUUUAAGGUUGGAAAGUUGUAGUAGCGGCUUUGUAGUAUUCUUCAAGUACAUUUGGAAGUAAUAUUGAAGUACAUUUUUACUUAAUCUGUGCUCAAGUCUCAAAUGUACAUGCAAGUAGCUAUAAUCCACCUGACCAUAUUAUCAAUGAAGUUGCUUAAAUGAUAUGCCAUUUAGCAGACACUUUUAUCCAAAGCGACUUACAGUCAUGUGUGCAUACAUUCUACGUAUGGGUGGUCCCGGGAAUCGAACCCACUACGAAUAAGAAUAAGAAUAAGAAACUGAUGGAAUGAACGAAACAGGAAAAAAAUUAAAAAGCUCAAAAGAUGAUAAUGGUUGCAGGGGAUUUUUGUCUCGGCUGUCUUUUUACAGUGAACAAGUAGCAGACUAAUGCAAAGUGGCAGCAUCACUAACGUGGUUUCAACAACAAAAAACACAGAAACUGUCUUUUUGUCACAACCAUAUCUCUAUAUUUGUUGUGUUCAGUCUAGAGACUAUAGAGAUGAUUCAUACUGGGGCUUUAGAGGAUAAGCGUUUUUUUUUUAUACUGACUCACCUCACUCACUCAACAACAGUAAAUAAGCUGUCAUACCGAGCCCAGUGGAAGGAAUCCUGAGAUGUCAGUAAUUGUCAGUAAUACAUCUCAACAGAUCAUGUUCCCCUUUCUGCU